ACCUGUGUUAUGACUCCUGAAGUAACAGAAGGCCCCUACUUUGUGAUGAAUGAACUUGUUCGUCAAAACGUACGCGAGAAUCAGCGGGGCGUUCCCCUUCCGCUCGACAUUGGAGUGAUAGACAUCACUUCCUGCAAGCCACUACCUAAUGCUUUUGUAGAGAUCUGGCAUGCCAAUGCUACAGGUGCGCCAAAAUUGCUUUUCAUCCGUCCUCCCCACCUACUGACCCUUGUGACCAGGCUUCUAUUCUAG